UCGGUAACCAGUUUAUAGGCAUUAUCCAGAUCAUCAAUGCUGUAAUUGGAUCUAUAAUGACCACGAACGGUCGUACUGGUCUGAAAGAACAUAAAGAACUAUCUUAGAACCAUUGGGACGAAUGGUAAACUACUAUAAGAGAUGUCCCGAAAACGUUUCCAUAUUUUUUUUAACCGCGCAUCAUCUGAUGACUUCAGUCACGUGAUAUAUUGUUGACAAACAUGGUUAACUUAGCAGACGAUGCCGAAAGGCGAAUUUUUAGAAGUUCAGUACUACGAUUUCCAACACUUUUAAAUAGGGUAAGAUUGGUAAUAAGUUUCGAGAGUAUAUUUCAACAAUAUUUUUGUAACUAUAGUAAGAAUACCUUCCUGAUUUCCAUAUGGAGCCGAUCUUUUCCCCCCGAGAGGGUCGAAGUGACCUGCUGACGAAAAUAUCACCCGGUGACCUCUGACACAGCACCUGCUCUCGGACAAUAACGCAAGAAACAUGAUCGCCGAAAACAGGAGAACGCCGAAUUCAGAUCACUUCAAGAAAAUUCAAGUGACGAGAACAUCUCAUCAGUCAAAUAUCGUCAGUGUUCUGCAAUGCAAGUGCGGCCAUUGCUAUUUAUUGAUUUGUUGAGAUCCCUUCAAUUUGUUUGCACGAAGAUAAUCAAUAAACUAGGCGAGGUGUAAACAAAAGACUGUAGAUACAGAAGGAUUGCGAUAUCGAUCUGUGUAUUUCGAACACUAUCCUCGACUGCUACGUUUACCGAUUAUUCAGCCAUGGGCUUUAUCUUCAGUGCGCCCAAAAACCAACACGGCGACGAAUGUCUGCUUCACGUACUUAAAGGUCACCGUGCAGGUAUCAAUUGUAUGGCAAUUAACGACGAAGGAACUAUCUUAGUGACCGGCAGCGAGGACACAACUGCAAUUCUCUGGAGUACUAGUCUCGAAGACCCUGGCUGUUAUGGCGAACUAGUUGGUCAUACGGAAAGAAUAAACUGUGUGUCAUUCGAAGACAAAUAUGUUCUCACCGGAAGUGCCGACACCACAAUACGAAAAUGGCAUUGUGAGAGUUUAGAUUGCCUCUUGGUAAUUCAGGGUCACACGUCGAUCAUCCAACGCAUCAUCUGCGCUGGAGAUUUCAUCUUCUCAAGCUCAUACGACCACACUGCACGCUGCUGGGAUUUUGACAAUGGGGAACCCCUACGCGUAUUCCGAGGACAUACCAGGGGCGUUUACCCAUUACUGUUCCGACCGGGAGAUGAGAUGUUCCAACAAGAAUAUGAUGAAGAUCCUGACAUACUUGUUACCGGGUCUGCUGACAACACUGCUAUUUCCUGGGAUAUAAGUACUGGCAAACCUCUUAACGUUUUUGGUGGCAAGUAUGGUCACACAGAGCAGAUCACAUGCCUGGCAUUGGAUGGUCCAGGCGACAUCCUUUUCACUGGAAGCAUUGAUCACACAGUGAGAACCUGGUAUCUACAUGAUGGUGGGCAGCAUAAAGUCUUCAAGGGUCACGGGGGUGUCAUAACCUGUAUUCAGGUCGUGGGUUCAACGUUGUACACGGGAAGUGCGGACUGCACGACACGAAAAUGGAGUGUCCACAAAGGUCGUGAAAUAGGCAGAUACGAUGGUGAAACAACGAGAUCUUUAAGUUCUCUUAAGGUCAUCCGAUACGGUGACGAAAAGUUCGUAAUCACAGCCAGUGGAGAUGACUCAAUCCGGUGUUUCGAGGACGAUGGGUGUAAACUUGUGAAAGAAGUGGCGCAUGAGGGACCGGUCACAGCAUUCCAGGUUUCCCGUGGCGCUAUCUACAGCGUGGGCUAUGACAACAACAUCAUGGUGUGGCACCUAAGCCGGUUCCUAGGGUUUGAAUGAUUCUCCCCAACAUAUCACCUUUCUUUAAGCCAUCUUGUUUUUCACAGUAUCAUAUUUCAAUCAUGUUCUACUUUUGCUGUUGAGCCCUUUACAAGAUUGAAAUCCAUGUCUAGACAGGCAAAUACCACAUUUGCACUGCUAAAAAUACCAUUACAAUGUCCUCUUUCCAGUGCCUUAUUCUUUUGUCCAUACAUAAUGUUAGCUCAACAGGUUGAAUACCAGCUGACCGUCUGAGGCACCACCAAAAUUCGCUGUGUAAAGUUUCGGCCUUCGACGAGCCAAAAUCAUAUGCUCGUGAGUUCGAUUCCAGAUUCGUCCUAAUUAUUUUGGGUUUGAUCUAUGUUUGUGGGUUUCAGGAAAGGGAUUAACGUCUUACCCUAAGAUACCUUUUAUCGGGUACUGUUGCUACUCCGGUUACAUGUGCGGUGCGGUUUGAUCACAAAAUAUGAUAAAUAUUGGGAGCGAUUCUAAUAGUGCAUAUGUGUUUUGGUAACCUAAGUGGCAGGUAAAUUGCGAAAAAUCAUUAUUUUGUUCACAAUUGGUUCUUAUUCCUCAAUUCAGAGGUAUUGUAACAUUUAAUUUCAACAUUGCAUUCAAUGCAAUAUGUGAAAGUAAAAGCCUCUUUCUCUGUAUUUGUCUUGUUAACAGUGAAAUACAAGUCACCUCUACAAAGCCCUUCCGAUAGAGGAUGCGGCUAGUUUCAAUCGGCACAUGUAGCGGGUGAUCCGUACGGCUGGCCUAGGCAACUUUUCCCUGGUCAGUCUAAAGUAUUGCUGUAAUUUCUCCAUCAUCUGCUUAUGUAAAUGGUUGUUGUCCAAAGGCUCGUAAAAGAAAUAGCUCAUCGCAUACAUGGGAUUACCAGCAGAACAAACUUAAAACACUGUCCUCUAUCAGAGGUGUAAGAGGUAAUGGCUUGUCAAAAUGUGUACUUAGCAUUUCUGAAUGUACAGAUUUACACAUAUAACAUUUCGUCCACAAAAAUACAUUGUCCCAGAUAAUACUUAAAAAAUAGUAUUAUGUUUCCGGAAUUCUUUUGGCACGUGUAUUGAGAAGUUCAAGGUCACUCAGACGUUUGUGGCUACACUUUUCUCGAAAGGUGUUGAUGAAUGUAUGAUCAAAAUUGGUAUCUGCCUUCUCUAGGAAGGGGCCCUGAUUUGAAUAGGUUUAGGUCAAAAUACGUAAAUUCGGAUCCUAAGGAGUACAUGGUGGUAUUUUAAGACUUGAGGAAAUGUUCCUAUUUUUGCAGAUACUUGCAAAGACCUAUUAGUGGAAGAACUGAUUUUGACAUUAGUGUCGAUUUACUGAAACAUAACAAUACUCCUCUAAACAAGAAACCAUAUGUGGCUUUCAUGAAAUUCAUUCUGUGACAUCAUCCACCUUUUGGUUGUUGGUGAUCUAUAGCCCGUUUCCAUAUUGUAUUGUUAUGCAUAGUUAUAAUUAUGCUUUUACUUUCACAUACUAGUUUUAAGUACAACACUGAUAAUCUAGUUGUUUAACUGUCUUUUGUCGACAGAUGUUAUAUUUUCUAAAAGUACUAUUAUUUUCGUAUCAAAUGUAUGCGGAUGAAAUGUUGCCGAUUCGAUGUAAAUAUAUAAUUCAGUUAAUAUCUGUUUGUGCCUUGUCGUGUAUAUCGUCAUCGUUUGUGUUCUGGCCAACAUUGUUAUGUCUUGGGACUUGAUACCUGCAAGUCAACCAGUAGCAGUUUGUUUCGCAUUUCAUUGAGUCUCGGCAUUUUCUUAAUUAAAUGAUUUCUGAAAACGACAUGUGUCAUAAACUUUCCCAAAAAACCUGUGAAAAAGUCCAUGCUAUUCAGUUUACCAAUAAAACGAUCUCAUGCAAAUGUCAAAGGUCAUACUCUAUCAAAAACAAUAAAGGCGUUUUGUGAUACUUUUAUCAGUAAAAAGUAACAUGCAGGUUUUUUGUUCACAAAGCAGUGAAACAUGAAAUAAUUUAGAUCCUCGAAAGUUUCACGUGAGUUUCUGUAAAAGUAUAUGUUACAAAGUACAAAGUGUAAUAUGUGUUUCUCUUCUUUUGUUCCCUAAUUAUUUCAUGCGACGUUAAACCCUCAUUUUUUCAUAACUGUAAUAAUAUGGACAUUCUGAGGACUAUAUAACACUGGUGUUUGACGAUGCAGCACCAAUUCACUUAGUUCAAAUUAAGUAUUACAGCCUCUUCUUCUUUUGAAACUGUGAGCUGUAUAUAUGAAUUGAUAUUAGGCGGGCUUAAUACACAUGUUCCCCUUUCGGCAAGGUUUUGAAAUUGAAAUUUGACUUGAUUUAACAUUUAUGCUUUGACCAUGUCUUGAAGUCCAAAUUCAUUUCCUCACACUGUACAUGUCAUCUCCUCAGGAAACCACUGUACCGCAUUAUAAUACUUCACAUGCUUAUUCUAACUAAUGAUGACACCUGAAUUUGUUAAAGAGGAUCCAAUCCUAAUUUUCAAUAUGACCGCCACAAGAGCCAUAUUGCAAUCCACUUUAUGCCUGUUACUCAGCCAUAUUUACUAAAAAUGUUAUGUGUUUUAUUUAUAGUAGUCAGUAGUCGUGCUGAACACACAUUUUCCGUUUUUGUGUGUGGUAAAUUAAGUGUUGUCUUUGAUUUCACCUUUGUACUUUGACUAUGCUCUAAUAUGUCCAUCCUUAAAAGCAAUACAUACCAAAUAAAUAUGUAAUUCGACCGUCAGACCAACAAUUAAUUCGCCUUAUGGCAACGUAAAAUCAUCAAGAUUUAAAAUCGGUUAUGUUAUAAUUCAAAUAUGCCUUCAAGACAUGUACAGAAAUAAAACAUGUGAUUCUAUUUGUAAAAUUAUCCUAACUGUAUUGUAUUCACUUCAUGUAUUUGGGUCUAUAUGGCCUAUCAUACAAUAAACAUUUGAUUAAA